UGGGGCAUGACUUAUUCACUCUACCUCUGCACAUGAACAAAGCUAAGAGGGAGAAAUCAGUUGCAUAGCCUAACUGAUUAGUUUUAGAUUAGUAAACACUUCAUUUUUUGGAGUGUCAGUCUUUCUAAGAAUUUGUUUCAAUUGACCUUGAUGAUGUGGUAGCAAUAAAUCCAGAGCUGUUUACAUCUCCAGUUGUUGCUGCUGCGAAAGAAAGCCAUCUUGCCCAGGAAAAUGUAACCACACAGAGGCAAACCCGCAGAACAACACUCUCAAAAAUUCCUGCUCCGAAAGAAGUACUGCGAUUGCAAGCUAGCAAGAUGUCUGUCAUAGCAGAAACUCAGAACAGCCCCCUGGAAAAUGAUAUGGAGGUAGAAUUGCCUGCUCCUGUACGAACACGAAGCCACUCUGCUCUUCCUGUUGUACGAACUCGAUCUAGGGUCAGCUAUUCUACUGAUCGAUGUAAUGUGCAACCAAAUGGGAAUGAAAUGACAGAAGACACUCCACAGACUUUGAGAAUGGUCUCUGCUGCAAUUCAAGCUCGUAGGAAAUCGAACAUUGUAAAAGAGAUGGACAAAAUGAAAAAUAAGAGGGAAGAGAAAAGGGCCCAGUUCUCUGAAAUAAGAAAUAAGCGGGCACAGGAAUAUGACAGUAGUUGUCCAAACUGGGAUUUUGCACGGAUGGUCAAGGAAUAUAGAGCCAAUAUUGUUUGUCAGUCGAUAUCAAUGAAUGAUCCGAUAGAAGAACAUAGAAUUUGUGUCUGUGUGAGGAAACGACCCUUAAAUAAACAAGAACUUGGAAAGAAAGAAUGUGAUAUAAUUACUGUUGCCAGCAAGAACAGCAUCCUAGUACAUGAACCAAAGGUGAAGGUGGAUCUGACGAAAUACCUUGAAAACCAGGCUUUUCGAUUUGACUUCUCGUUUGAUGAAAAAGCUUCCAAUGAAAUGGUUUAUUGGUUCACUGCUAGACCACUUGUACAGACCAUAUUUGAAGGAGGGAAAGCUACAUGUUUUGCCUAUGGUCAGACUGGAAGUGGAAAAACCCAUACUAUGGGAGGUGACUUCUCUGGGAAAGUGCAGAAGGCCUCUAAAGGAAUAUAUGCUUUUGCAUCACAGGAUGUCUUCCUUCUUCAGAACCAGCCAAGAUAUAAGGCUCUAGGUCUGGAAGUGUACGUGACUUUCUUUGAAAUAUAUAAUGGAAAGCUAUUUGAUCUCUUAAACAAAAAAGCAAAGCUGCGCGUGUUGGAGGAUGGUAAACAACAGGUUCAGGUCGUUGGCCUGCAAGAAAUGCAAGUGAACUGUGCUGAAGAUGUUAUCCGGAUGAUUGAGAUAGGCAGUGCCUGCAGGACAUCCGGGCAUACAUUUGCAAACGCCAGCUCCUCGCGUUCCCAUGCUUGUUUUCAAAUUAUUCUGCGCAGAAAACAAAAACUUCAUGGCAAGUUCUCCUUGGUGGAUUUGGCUGGGAAUGAAAGAGGUGCUGAUACCUCCAGCAAUGAUCGGCAGACACGGUUGGAAGCAGCAGAAAUAAACAAAAGUUUGCUAGCAUUGAAGGAAUGUAUCCGUGCUCUAGGCCAGAAUAAACAACACACACCUUUUCGGGAGAGCAAACUUACCCAAGUGCUGAGGGAUUCCUUCAUUGGAGCAAAUUCCAGAACCUGUAUGAUUGCAAUGAUCUCCCCAGGCAUGAAUUCCUGUGAAUAUACCCUAAAUACCUUGCGGUAUGCUGAUAGAGUGAAGGAGCUCCCUCACAAUGGAACAACUGGAGAAGCACAGAACUGCAUGGAAACUGAAAAUGAAGAGGUGGAUAUCAGUGAGGAAGAAUCGGCCAACCUUCAUGAGCAGCUUUCUGAUGAUGAGCUGUCUCAUCUGACCAGUUUCCGUGAUGCUGUCAGCCGGAUAAGUGAGCUUGAGGAGAAGGCAAUAGAAGAGCUUAAGGAUGUCAGGGAGAAAAUGAACGACUGCAACUGUCUUCUGGAUAUUGCAGAACAACCAGAAUAUGACCUGGAAGCAUUUGUGUAUCAAGCCCAGUGCUUCGUAAAUGAAGGAUCCAAAAAUUUCCUCCGCCUGAAAGACACUCUGGAAGAACUAACCCUUGCCAUGCAGAUGGAAGAACAAGCCAGCAAGCAUCUGAAUAAGCGGCCACUUCAGUAGUUACCCACUUGUUAAAUGAAUUUCUUCCCUAUUUGUCUGUCACUUCUUUGGUUUGCUGUUAACAGUAUUUAAAAUGCAAGCAGAAGGUUAUUCCUAUCUUGUUUGAGGGUUCCCUAUUUUGGGGAGAGGGUGCUAUCCUUUAUGCAGGCAAAGGAAAGUACUCUGCCAGAAUGUGAUGUUUCUGGGACCAUUGCUCCUCUUCACAACUGAAGGCUAAGAAGAAGAGUUGCUUUGGUGUCUCUUGGUAAGCUUGUACAUUUUUCUAGUGUAAAUAAAGUAUUUCACUAAAUACUUUUGAAAUGUUAACAUUGAAUGCAAUCCAGUGAAUCUUGAACUGGCUUUGCUGCUGUUUGAGACUUUUUAAAAUAUAAAUAAUCAGUAAUUGAAGCAGUUUAUAAAUAAAUAUUUCUGAAUGCA